UCAGAUAUUGGGUCGACUACAAGCGACCAUCCAACCACGAAUUGGAAGUACACAAUUUUUUACAAAGUUACCAUUGAAUGAGCGCCAUGAGCAUUGCGAAAAUUCUCAUUUUGAUUGCUGUCUGCAUGGCAGCAAUUGUGAACGCUCACAAUUGCCCCUACAGUCAUCGUUCCGGGGCUAAUCCUCACCAUGGCAGAGGUGCCAUUGGAGGAGUUCAAAAGGGUGCAGGAUGCCCUUACGGAUAUUCGAAAUCCGUCGGUUUUGAAAGGCCGAGCAAGUGCCCUUACGGAUAUCCGAAAUCGGGAUUCAAUGAUGGACAAUGUCCUCACGGCUUCAAGAAUAACGACCCUGGAAGUGGAUGCCCGUGGGGAUUCAAUAAGCAAUCGUCGGUAAGCGAAACUAAAUGUCCGUUUGGAUACACCAGAGACUUUGCAUCGAAAUCCGGAUGCCCUUACAACUUUAAGAAAUCAACCCAAGGAUGUCCUCUCGGCGUCAAGAAACAAGAAGUUGAAGGAUCCAAAUGCCCUUACGGAUACAAGAAAGAGGCGAUUGGAGAUGGAAAAUGCCCAGCUGGUUUCUCCGGAGUUUCAACUGGAAAAGGAUGCCCAAUGGGCUUCAAGCGCAAUCAAGUGGACGGAUCCAACUGCCCCUUUGGAUACACUGCUCUAGACGCUGCUACGUCAGGGUGCCCAUUCGGCUUCAAGAAAAAUGCAACAGGAUGCCCGCUUGGUAUCAAGAAAGGAUUGGUUGCAGGAUCCAAGUGUCCUUACGGCGGAACUAGAGAGGCUGCUGAAGACGGCAUUUGUCCAUUAGGUUUUAAGGCUAGCGGUUCCGGAAAAGGAUGUCCAUUUGGAAUUAAAAAACAACAGACUGCAGGUAGCAAAUGCCCAUAUGGAUUCAGCAAGGCCACCGCUGAAGGAUGCCCGCACGGUUUCAAGAAAUCUUCCAAUGGUGCUGGAUGUCCUUUUGGAUUUAACAAAGCUGUUGCUCCAGUCACCAAAUGCCCUUACGGCUACACGAAAUCUUCCGGCAUUCGAUCGAAAACCAGCAAAUGUCCAUAUGGAUAUCCGAAAUCAGGAUUCAACGAUGGAGUAUGUCCCCACGGAUUUAAGAAAACGGGCUCUGCUGCUGGAUGUCCAUGGGGUUUUAAGCAAUCUACCGUUGCGGGAACAAAAUGCCCAUUCGGAUAUGACAAUGCCUUUGCUACAAAACCAGGCUGUCCCUAUGGUUUUAAGAAAUCCGACAAAGGAUGCCCAUUAGGUGUUAAGAAAGGACUCGUCGAAGGAUCUAAAUGCCCCUUUGGCUACAAGAAAGAAUCCAUCGGUGACGGAAAAUGCCCUGCCGGAUUUUCUGGAAUCGCAACUGGAAAGGGUUGUCCUUUAGGCUUCAAGCGUCAAUUGGUUGAAGGAUCUCAAUGCCCGUUCGGAUACACCCGAGAAGACGCAGCUGCUCCAGGUUGUCCGUAUAACUUUAAAAAGGGCGUUUCCGGAUGCCCACUGGGAAUCAAGAAGGGACUCGUUGCUGGAUCGAAAUGCCCUUACGGCGGAACUUUUGAAGCGGCUAAUGACGGGAAAUGUCCUUUUGGAUACAAGUCAACUGGUUCCGGAAACGGCUGUCCCUUCGGUCUGAAGAAACAAAUAGUUGAAGGAAGCAAAUGUCCCUACGGAUAUGGCCCGAGUGAUAUUGCAACUAACGGAUGUCCGCAUGGCUUCAAGAAAUCUGAUUCUGGUUGCCCGUACGGCUUCAACAAACCAACUGCUGCUGCCCAUAAAUGCCCAUACAGCCACUCGAAAUUAGUCAACUACAGGAGCAAGAGCAGAUGUCCCUACGGAUACCCGAAAUCUGGAUUCAAUGACGGAAACUGCCCAUACGGAUUCAACAAGACCGGAUCUGGCGAACCGUGCCCAUUUGGCUUCAAGCAAUCUUCAACGGAAGGCACACGUUGCCCAUUUGGCUACUCUGCAUCGGCAAUCAAACCUGGAUGUCCCUUCAAUUUCAAGAAAUCUGAUUCUGGAUGCCCACUUGGCGUGAAGAAAGGACUAGUGGAAGGAUCAAAGUGUCCCUUUGGUUACACGAGAGAGGCUGCCACCGAUGGGAAAUGCCCACUCGGCUUCCAAGGAUCUGCUUCCGGAAAAGGAUGUCCUCUUGGACUCAAGAAACAAUCAGUGGAAGGAACCUCAUGCCCCUAUGGAUACACUAGAGAAGCUGCUGCUGCUUCUGGUUGCCCUUACGGAUUCAAGAAAAACGCUGGUGGAUGUCCAUUGGGGCUCAAGGUAUUAAGGACGCUUAAAUUAAAUAAGAUAAAUAUUAAAAAUAACGUAAAUGAAUUUCAGCGAGGAUUGGUCGAAGGCUCGAAAUGCCCCUUCGGAUUCUCGGUCGCUCAAUCCACCGAUGGCAAGUGUCCAUUAGGUUUUGUGUCUUCCGGUUCUGGACAUGGUUGCCCAUUUGGAAUUAAGAAACAAAUGGUUGCCGGAAGCAAAUGUCCUUACGGAUACACGCGUACGGACGCUUCAGCUAGUGGUUGCCCUCAUGGCUUCAAGAAAUCCACCAGCGGCUGUCCUCUCGGAAUUCAAAAACCAUCUUCCGGUCACUAUCACUCCAAGGUUGGAUCAAAAUGCCCUUACCUCCGUAAAGGAUCUAAAUGUCCAUACGGUCAGCAGGGAGUCAAAUGCCCUUACGGCCAUCACACCGUCAAGCCUCAAACACGUGAAUACUCGAUGAAGGAAGAGGAUCGUGCUUUGAUCAAGGCCACCUGGAAAGUUGCUAAGAAAAAUGGAAACAUUGCACCGAAAGCGUUCAUCCGUUACUUCAAACUGAAACCCGAAGCCCAAAAGAAGUUUGCAGCUUUUGCCGACGUCGAUUUGGCUGAUUUGCCCACCAACAGCCACUUCUUGAAUCAAGCCUAUACCUGUCUGGCCGGACUCAAUGCUUACAUUGACAACCUGGGCAAAAACCCGAAAAGCUGUCCUUACCUCAACUCGCCAGCCUUCAAAGACGUGAAACCUGAUGAGCUUAAAUUGUUUGGUGAAGUCAUGUUUAAUGUCAUGGAAGAAGAACUUGGACAAUCAUUUUCCCCCGAAGCCAGAAAAGCCUGGAAAGAUGGUUUGACAGCUUGCGACGUUGCUUUCCGCAGGUCUCAUUGAGGUGCAAAUCGAUUCGUGUUUGAACUCUUUCCCGACAUUGACAUUCUUUAAAAAAUCUCUUUCAAACAAUUAGGGUGUAGCUUUUAAGUUUUAAAUGGGAAAACAAUACACAUUUAAUAGACGCAAA